AUGAGCGGAAGCGAGCAAGACUCCGCCACGGCCGAAGGGCCUGCAACGGAGACGCCUUCUCAGCUGCCAUCGUCGACGAUCGCCGAAGGGAAAGAGAAGGCUAAGGAAGUUUUGGCCGCUGCCGGCAUCACUCAGAAUGGCGAAACAUCGAAAACACAGUCGCGACGAGCCAGUCAGAGUCCCACUCGAAAACGAAAGCGCGAAACCCCUCUCGAGCGCCUGCAGACGGACGAAUACGUAACUCGCGAGUACUUGCACAAAGCCCUCCUUGCUGAUCGCAAUGCCCACGCUACUCUCCUCCAACAGAAGAAGCAGGAACUUCAGUUCUAUCAGACUGUACGCCAUAGAAGGGAACAUGAUCCUGGCUCCGUGUUUGGCGCUGGCUAUGAAGGCUUUGGCAAUCCGCGCACCGACGAAAAGCUCCCCAAUCCCGUCAUGUACCCUCGAAACCGCAGGCCGGGGAAGAGAAAGACACUGCCACCAAGGGUGUCAAGAAAAGAGACAGCCAUCCAGGCCGAACAAGAAGAGGAGCUUGUACCCAUACGUCUAGACAUCGAAUGGGGCAAGAUCAAGUUGCGCGAUACCUUUACAUGGAAUCUGCACGAUCGCACCACCAACAUUGAAUAUUUCGCAGAGAAGCUGGUGGAGGAUUUCGGUCUUGAAGUCCAACAAUGCCGGCCUCUUGUCAAUUACGUCGCCAACGCCAUGCGGGAGCAGCUUACCGACUAUUGCCCACAGAUCUAUCCGGAGGACGAACCGCUCGACCCGCAUCUCCCGUAUUUCGCAUACAAGAACGAUGAGAUGCGCAUCCUUAUCAAGUUGAACAUUACCAUUGGACAAAACACGCUCAUUGAUCAGUUCGAAUGGGAAGUAAACAAUGCUUCCAAUUCUCCCGAAGAGUUUGCGCAACAGCUGACCCAGGAGAACUCGUUGGCUGGUGAGUUCACAACGGCAAUUGCGCACUCGAUACGCGAGCAGUGCCAGCUCUUCUCCAAGUCCCUGCAAAUCACAGGCUACGCGUUCGAUGGUCGACCGAUCGAGGACCCCGACCUUUAUGAGAACUUCCUCCCAUCACCAAUGCCUGUCACUUUCCGACCUUACCAACUGGCCAAAGAUUAUGUGCCGUAUCUAUACGAGCUGAACGAUGCGGAUCUUGAAAGGACCGAAUUGUCUAUCUCACGUGAGCAGCGGCGGCAAAAGCGCUCUACCAAUCGCCGUGGUGGUCCCGCUUUGCCGGACCUAAAAGACCGACAACGAACUAUCAGAUCGUUGGUGGUCUCGUCCGUUAUUCCUGGCGGUGCCUUGACCAUGGAAGAUAGCCGAAUCUUCCGCAUGCCGAAGGCGACCAGGACGCGAAGGCGAGCAGGCGGCGAAGACUUCGAAGACUCAGAUGGCUCGGAAAGUGAGGAUUCUGCGCCUGAUUCCCCGGCUAUCCCAGCACAUCUUCUCCAAGGUACCGCACGGACCAGAGGGACAAUGCGAAACGCAGCCCUGACUGCAACUGCUGGCAUCCGGUCCAACUUGAGUGGCUUCGCAUCGAUCCGAUCCGCAACCCCCGAAUCAACUACACCCCAUCAUGACGCACGGUCGGCCACGCGAAAGAGAGACUACAAAGAAGAGAGCGACGAAGAAUCGCAGCCGGAGAAAAUGGUUAUCAAACUCAAGAUUUCGCGAGAAAAGUAUCGCGCUUGGAUGCGUGAGCGGAGAGCAAAGGACAGAGCUGCUCAGGCAUCUACUGGAAGCCCCCGGCCAGGAUUGCAGAACAAACCUGCUCCAAGUCCACUGAAGUUGGCUGGUGGACCUGCACCUGCACCGUCACCGAAGCCAUCAUCAUCUGCCACCCCUGGCCCGUCGUCCAAUAUUCCAGAUCCUCUCUAUGGUGCGGUGAAUGCCGAGCCUAACAGCGAAGCACCCCCGGUACCCGACUGGCUCAAACUGAGUCUAGAGCAACUUCGGAAGCAGUAUCCAAAUGACCGCUUCGAAGCAUUAAUGAAACAUACGGCCGUCGACCCUAAGACUAAGCAGCUCCUACCGGCGAACGAAGAGAACAAGCACCUUCCGCACAAGUAUGUACCACGAGUUCGAUGCUUAGACUGCUUGGGUAAGGUCUACUUCGCCAAUGGCUUCGAGUCUCAUUCGAAGAACAAGAAGCAUCGCGAGACGGUGGACGCUCGCGUAGCACGUGAGGCUUAA